GCCACCAUCGUUCAUUCACAACCACCUGCUCGACGGGGUAGCAUCGUCUCGUCUUGUCUCGUUUGUCGGUGUCAUUCGUCAUCCGCGAACGCAAAUAGGCAAAAAGCCGUGAACUGUUUUUCUUUCCUCGGGAAUCGUCCUUACAACAGCGAAGCACGUCGACAACCAUCGCGACAAGAUGAGAAGUAAACUUCGCGCGACUUCCGGUCCCGUUUUCUCGCUCUACCUCUCCUUCGUUCUGCUCGUGGUUCUGAUUUCCGUCAGCGAUAAGGCGUACGCUAAACCGCGAGAAGAAAGAAGUACUGGCCGGAGAAGUCCCAAUAACUACGUUCGCAAAGGUGGCUGUGCGUCAUUUGGACAUUCCUGCUUCGGCGGUCAUGGUAAAAGAUUCGAUUCGGCUAUGCGACACGAAACGCUGCAAGAAAGUGGCAGCCAAAGGUUUCAAGAAUCAAACGUACCGUCACCAAACGAUGAUAACGAAUUAUUCUACGUUCUUCCGAAUGAUGAAUUUCGGGAACGUUCGGACAGGUCGUUACCUUUCACACGGACUCGCAAAGACACUCAACAAUUCGACCCUUAUCCCCUGUCAUCUUUACUUAAUCAAUGGCAUCUCAUCGUCGCCCGCAUCGCACAGAAACAGAUAUCAGUAAUAAAUAAAGAAAGUGUACAAGCGAGCUAUUUACGUGCGUCAAGAUUAAACAGUUUCGCGCGUAUAUAUUUAGAAGGAAUUGAUUGUUAUUUAGAUUAUUUAAUUAUGCUUAAAUCCGACUAUCAUUUUAUAUUAUUAUUAUGUAUUUUUUUCCGUAAUAUGACAAUCAGAUUUCCCAUUUAAUAUUAUAAAUAUCAGUUAAUGCUAUAAAUCAUUAUAGUAAAGCUAAAGAAAAAAAAAUAGUUUUUCUUUUCUAAAUUAUUGUCUCAUUAACUCUCUAUAUACUCACCUAUGUACUUAAAUUAUUAGAUUAUAAUAGAUUGCAUUUAUUUUAAAAAUAUUUUUUGUAAUAUGUAUAAUUAAUUUGAAUAUCCGUCUGCGUACAGAAAAUUGCCCUUAUAUAUUAGAUCAUAAUCAUCCUGCGAAUUUCGUUUAACUAAAUAUAGAUAACAUUCAGUAUUUUUCGAAAUUGCAUCUUCUGAAUGCUAUAUUCUACGAUGAUAUUAUUCUCGGCAGAUAAACGCGAACGCUACGUGAAUCGUGUCGGUAACAUUUUCUCAUUGUCAUAAUAAUAUAAAUUAUUGUUUGAUUAUCUGCUGUCAAAAAGUCGAUAGUAUAUUGUAAAAUCGGGCGAUGAACUAUUUAUCGUAUGUAAACACAGUAUAAACAUUAUAAGCAUUUAUGGCACAGUUGAUGACAUGAUUUAUUUUUGCGAAAUAAAUGUGCGCAUUAGAAUUGAUCAAGUUAUUGAACUGCACGA